AAGAAGAGGUCAAAAGCGCACGCGCAUCCGUCAAUCUGUAAUCCAUUACAAAUACUUUUGUGCCAUUCCUACAAACUCAUCCGACAGACUAAUAUUAUUUACAUGAUCAAAGAAAGAUUCGCACGCGAUCUGACUAAUAGAGACUGUUUGCUGAAGGAUCUUGCUGGAUGCCCGAGCUUUUGUUAUAACAGUCAGCUGUAAAAGAGACAUUUCUCCCAUCACUCAGUCAGGAGUUUAGAGAAGACAGUGAAAUGUCUGCAACAACAACAGAAGAUGCAGCCAAUGGCAAGAGCGCAGUUAACGGAGGAUCUAUGUAUGAAGAGGGAGGGGUUACUGUCCUCAGACCUACAGACCUGUCAGAGAUGUUGGCUGCAGGUACCAAAGAAGUUCACGAGAAGGCAGAGAACACACAGUUUGUGAAGGAUUUCCUGAGGGGACGCAUUCGUAAGGAACUCUUUAAGCUCGGUCACGUGGCUCUAUACUUCACUUAUUCUGCUCUGGAGGAGGAGAUUGAGAGAAACAAAGAUCACCCGCAGUUUGCACCGCUCUACUUCCCCAAUGAGCUCCACCGGCGCGCCGCUCUGGCUCGGGAUCUGGAGUACUUCUACGGCCACGACUGGCAAAGCCAAACCGUCUGCUCUCCGGCCACUCGGCGCUACGUGGAGCGCAUCCAUCAGCUGGGCCAGGAGGAGCCUGUGCUCCUGGUGGCUCACGCUUACACCCGUUACAUGGGUGACCUCUCGGGGGGACAGGUGCUGAGGAAGGUGGCCCAGCGUGCCAUGAAGCUGCCGUCCACCGGAGAAGGGCUGCACUUCUAUCAGUUUGACGGCGUCCACAACGCCAAGGCCUUUAAACAGCUCUACCGUAGCCGCAUGAACGAACUGGAGCUGGACGUGAAAACCAAAGAGAAGGUAGUGGAGGAAGCCAACCGGGCUUUUCACUUUAACAUGGAGGUGUUUGGAGAACUGGAGGAGGUUGGAAAAACCCUUCAGGAGGACGUUAUGGAUGCAACUCCUCUUCAUGGUGAAAUGCAGGGAGACGUCAGCCAGUGUCCGUACCACGCUGCCAAAACGGCUGCUACAGGCGGAUCGGCGUUUAUUUAUCAAAUGGCCAUGAGCGUGCUUAAAAAUCCAUCCGGUCAAGUCCUACUGGCUGCUUGGAUCGCUGCUUUAGCCGGAUUGGCUGCCUGGUACCUCAUGUGACUCGAUAAGAGGAGGAGAAAGUGGAGAAAACAUUCGAUCCGCCCGGAGGUUACACAUUCGCUUUGAAACUGUCAGGCAUUUCCGCACCUUGAACCCUUGAGAUGAUUUAGUGCACCUCAUUUGCCCGCAUGUGCUCGGGUGGAUGUGAUUUAUAUAUUUCAUAUGAGGCGGGUAGUGAAGUAUAGUGAUUUAAUGUGACAUUUAGUACUUUUGAACCUGGAAAUAAUAAAAUAAUGAAGUUAAGGGUGGAAAUGCAGAAAGAUAUUUUUAUAGAGGAGUUUCAUCACUGUGGACUCAUUUAACGUUUUGGGCUCAAAAAUAGUGAAUGCAAGAGUUAUUAUAGUUUUGAUUUUAGUUUAAUUUAGUUUUAUUAAUAUUUUAAAUUAGCUUUUAUUUUUAGGUUUUGUGUUCAUUUUAGUUAAAGUUUUAGCAAUUUUGGUAUAUGCUUUUGUCAUUUCAUAAUUGAUUGGUUUAUGUUUAAUGUUGCUAUAUAAGAUGAAUUUAGUAAAAAAAACGAAUUUAGUUUUUGUUUAUUAUUAUAAUUUUGCUGCUUUAAACUUACUUUUCAAUUUUUCCUUGAGUUAAGUUUUUCCAACAGUUUUAGGUCAAAAUUUGAUUUGAUUUCAAUGAGCAGGAACGUUUUCAAAGGUUUAAUUUUAGUAAACUAAAAUAACCUUGGCAAGUAGACAAGCUCAGUUUUACACAAUGUGAAAUGUGUCCGAAUGUAAUGCGUAACGUUUGUUAAAGCACCACCGGGGUGGGGGGGUCUUUUUAAAACGGCCUUCCUGAAUAAUAACACAUCCGGUUUAAUGGCACAGACCUUUAAAGCAACGGUUCAUCUAAACAUCAAACUACUAAGUGGUUUAAAAACGUUGUUUUGUGGAGCACAAAAGAUAUUUUGAGAGAUGUUUCAGUGGUUCCAGUAAGUCAAAAUAUCUUCUUUUGUGUUCUGCAGAAGAAACUCAUAUACAAUAGGUUUGGAGUGACAUGAGGGUGAAAAACGAUGACAACAUUUUUUUUAGGAUACUGUAUAGUUCUUUUGAAUACUGAGGUUGGUUACCGCCACAACGGGACCAGGUGCUUAUAAUGCCAUGACCAAGCAUUGCACGUGGCUUUACGUUUCUAGGACGGUUUUGACGGAAUAAGUUUGAUUUAUUUAAGCAUGAUUUGAAAUUAAAUGUACUCCGCGUUUCUGCAACGCCACAUCCACGCUACCCUUUUAACCAUGAUAAAUGUCUAAUAACCAAUGUUUGAUUACCAUUACUAUUACCAUAGUUUUACUACAAAUACCAUGAUUAAACAUGAUUAUUGCGGUGAAAUACAGUUUUGUAGUUAUUACACAGCAAAAUCGCCAGUGUUAAAAAGGGUCAAAUUAACUCUCACAGUGUUUAUAUAAUCCACACUUUGAGAGUGUGGAUUAUAUAUACACUGAGUGUUAAUUUGACUUUUUAACACUGGCGAUUUUACUGUGUAUGGUUUUACUACAAUUGAAAACCAAAAAACUAUGCUAAAUUUAGUUGGUAAAUUUUUGUAAGUAAGGACAAAACUAUGAUUGAAGAAUGUAGAAUAUGAAAGAAAAGUGCACAAAAGCCAUUUGUUACAUACGAUUGAUUGAUGAUUUAUGUGGGUUUGUGUAUGAAUUGGCCAUAUGUGUAAUGCAUAAGCUCGCUGAUGCAGUGACAAUUUUAUAAAAGAGCAAAAUGUAUUCAUUUGGGAAGCUGUCAGUGGAGUUUGCAUUCAUGACACGCUGCAAUAGUCCUGAAACGUCUGAUAUCAGGUGACGAAUCAGCCUGGCUGUUAUAAACAUGUAUAACUUGUUUUUACCAGGGUUUAAAUACUAGUAUUUGAAUGCUAUUUUAACAAGGUGCAAGGUCAAAAAGUAUUUCAACCGUAUUUGUCGAAUUUAGAGUUGCUUUCCUCCAAAGGUGAUUUACUUGGUAAUAGACCAUUGAUCUUUUAACAUUAUUAACAGUAAUGGAUGCAAUAAUUCAUUUUGAUUGAACCUAACCCUAUAGCACUGUGAUAUGACACUGAGGAUUUUGAAAAAUGUAUAGGUUUAUUAACACAAGACGGUCACUUUAUUACACUGAGAGUGUUUUUGAAAGUGUUGUACGUUCGCGGCUUUAAACAGAGCUUGGCGGUUUCUAACCAAACGGUUUCUGUAUUAAAACAGAUCACAAUGUAUGCAAAGUGUUUUGCAUAAAUGGUUUAUGCAGGUCAUUUUCAUGUGAUAACUUAUUUUGUCUUUGGAGUUACUGACAACUUGUUUUUAAGCAAAAGACAGAAAUAGGAAACUAGUGUACUAGAACAGGGGUUUUCAAACUGGGGUCCGGGGACCCCCAGGGGGCCUCCAGAAGGUUGCAAGGGGUACCCCAAAAAUUUUCUAGGAAAAAGAUUAAGCAAAAAACGAUAAGUCCACAGUGUUUAUCUGCUUUUUUUUGCUAUGGAUAGUUUCCAGAAUUGUUUAUAUUUGAAUCUUUCUAAUGAGUUUUUCUCACUAUAGUUUCUUUUUUCGGACUAUUUAGGUUUAGAAACAAGUUGUUGUCUUCAUUAUAUCCUAUUAACAUUUUAUCUAACAAAUUUGAAACGUAUGUAAAGGUUUGUUGAAACAUAUAUUUUAGAAAAGGGGGGUCCCUCACAAAAGGUUAAUCAUAUUUUGGGGAUCCUUGGCAUCAUAAAGUUUGAAAACCUCUGUACUAGAAGAAUUCUGCACAAUACACACUGCUUACUGUAAUGAAAUAUAGUAAUGAAACAACAGUAUAUUGUAUGAUUGAUGCUACAUCACGGUCACAUGACCUUAUGACAUGACGUGUGGUGUCCAGUUAUCAUCUCUGAAUAAAAAUAUUU